CACUGACAGUGGCGUCACCGGCAAGGAGCGCGAGCAAAUCCUCGAGCGGAACUGGAGGCUGUUGCCCGAGUUACAUGAAAAUGGCGACCGCCGGUCCCGCAGACCCGGGCUUCACAGCCCCCCCAGGGUCCAGUCGAAAAACAGCUUCACCAGAGGGCCCAGGGUCGUCUCAGAGUAUGAAGAAGACUAUUGGUCAUCGGGGGAUUGACCCCACUGGAGAGACCACUUAUAAAAAGACAACCUCUUCUGCCUUGAAAGGAGCCAUUCAGCUCGGUAUUACUCACACUGUGGGAAGCCUGAGCCAGAAAGCUGAGAGAGAUGUUCUUAUGCAGGACUUCUAUGUGGUAGAAAGCAUCUUCUUCCCAAGUGAGGGCAGUAAUCUGACUCCUGCACAUCACCAUGGUGACUUCCGGUUUAAGACAUAUGCACCCAUUGCCUUCCGUUACUUCAGAGAACUCUUUGGCAUUCGACCUGAUGACUACCUGUACUCUCUGUGUAAUGAUCCUCUGAUUGAACUGUCAAAUCCUGGUGCGAGCGGCUCAAUCUUCUAUGUCUCCAGCGAUGAUGAGUUUAUUAUUAAAACAGUCCAGCACAAAGAAGCUGAAUUCUUGCAAAAACUACUGCCAGGAUAUUUUAUGAAUUUGAACCAAAACAAACGAACACUGCUCCCCAAGUUCUAUGGACUGUACUGUGUGCAGGCAGGGGGGAAGAACAUACGUAUUGUGGUAAUGAACAACCUUUUGCCACGUUCUGUACCGAUGCACCUCAAAUAUGACUUAAAAGGCUCCACUUACAAGCGCCGAGCCUCUCCCAAAGAGCGGGAGAAAAGUGUACCCACUUGCAAAGACCUUGACUUCAUCCAGGACAUGCCUGAUGGAAUUCAACUCGAGCCAGACAAUUACAACGCUCUCAGUAAAACCAUCCAGCGUGACUGCCUGUUGUUGCAGAGCUUUAAGAUCAUGGACUACAGUUUACUGGUUGGUAUCCACAAUGUGGAUCAGGCAAGCCGUGAACGUCUUGGUGUAGGAGAAACCUCCAGGCCUGUGGAGGGGACAGUCACACCUGACCAGAAGAGGCCUCAGGCCCAGAAAGCCCUGUACAGUACGGCUAUGGAGUCCAUCCAAGGAGAGGCACGUGGGAAGGGCGCAAUGGACAGCGAGGACCAGUGGGGAGGUAUCCCAGCUCGGAACAGUAAAGGAGAGCGCCUACUGCUAUACAUUGGCAUCAUUGAUAUUCUCCAGUCAUACAGAUUCAUCAAGAAGAUAGAGCAUUCAUGGAAAGCACUGGUUCAUGAUGGGGACACUGUGUCUGUUCAUCGACCCAGCUUCUAUGCAGAGCGAUUCCAGCGUUUUAUGUGCAACACAGUAUUUAGGAAAACAAUGAAAUCAUCACCAUCGAAGAAGAGCCGCUCAGGUUGUCAGAGCGUGUCCAGGAGACUGCCCAUGGGCACUGCAUUACCAAGUGCCCAAUCCAGCAGCCAUGCAUUUCUUGAUUCUCGACUUGUCUAUCAUUCCCACUUUACCCACCUUGACAAUGAGGUUGAAAUUGGAAUGCACUCAGGCAGACCUGACCUGCUCCCGAGCAUGCCUCCCCUAGCUGGAACCUCGAGUGACUUUGAAGCAAGUGAUAUGCCUAGUCCCUCAGUGCCCCCAAUCAGGUCAGUAGGGGUGGAGGUACACAACGCUGCAAGCACAGAACCUGAUAGCAACACUAUGCUCAGUUUGGGAGCUGAAGUUGCAGAUGAGCAAAUGGGUAAUGAAGAUGCCAUUUCUCUCAAAGACAUCAUCCCAGAGACCAACAUUUGUUUUUAAGACAGCCUGAAAACGUGAUCCAGGAAAAGAGGGAGUAAAUGCGUGUGAAAGAAUGUCUUGGAUCAUUUGAAGGAUAAGCUGUUUCUCCCUGUUGGAAAGAGUGGAAGUAAAUCCGAGCCUUUGGAGUGACACCCCAGUGGGUGUGGACAGAAGAUUGUGAGCAGUAGACUCUCUUCUCUUUCUUCAACACAGGGUAUGCUGCUAUGACUCCACCUGUUGACUACACAAUUCCUUCCCGGAGCUUCAAAGACGCCUUCGAUCUCGGAUUGCAUGUUCAUAAACACAUAGAUGUUUCUUUCCAUUAAGAUACACAGUUUUGUUGCUCGUACGUACAAAUACUAAGAAAGAAGACUGGUGAAAUUAUUUAUUCUAUAAGUUCUAUUCUGACUUUGCUCUAUUUUUGCAACAAAGAGGACUUUGAACAAAUUAUAGUGGUAUUUCAUACUGGGUGUUAACUUUUUUUUUUGUCCCCCCCCCCCCUUUUUUUUCUUUUUUCUUUAUAAAUAUCAGACAGUAUUAGUUAAGUACUCUGGUGGGCUUUGUACUUUAUUCCUAUAAUUCUGAAGAUGAUCUGAAAUGAUUUCUCCACAUACAUCUGGUUUUGCAGUAAUGUGGAUGCCAGGCAUAUAAUUUGCUUUUUAACCUAUAGGGUUGUUUCAGAAUGAUGCAUCUUCACACCUGCAGAAAAACACUAACGUUUAAGAAAUAGAUGCUGGAGCAAGAUGCAUGCCCUUUCUCAGAAAUUAGUUACUUUAGCCCCAUUGCCAGUGGGGUGAUCUCUGAACUGUUGUGACUAAGAUCUACCUGAUAUUUGUCUGAACAAAUUCAGUCAAAAGGCAGGUCUUUUUUUUUCUCUAAAAACAAAAAAAAGCAGCAUAUUGUUCUUGUGCUUGUCUCUUUUGUGAAUGUCUUAAUCUGCUUUUCAGUGCCAAUGACAUUUAUUUUCUGUUUAACAUUAUUUUGUUAUUCUAGCUUUUUUUCUGUCAUAAUUUGUGUUUGCAUUUGAAGAUCUUGUAAGCUUUUUUUUGUCAAUCUGGAGUGUUUCCAUGUUUUUAAAAGGACCAAUCACCAUUGUAGAUUCAUUAGUGGAUGAGCAGGCUUGCUUGUUUUAAUGCCAGUGGCCUUCAAUCCAUUGAUAUGUACUGUAUUUUUGUAAAUAGCUGUGUAUAUAUUAUUCACUUUUGUGUGCUUGCAUACCUAUUACAGAGACUAAUAUGCUUUUAUGAAGCGGUAUGUAUUCUUAACUAACAAAUUAACGUUUAUAUUUGUUAUACUUGGCAUGCCUUCUGUCUGCUUCUACUAACUGCACUCGUAUAAGAACCUGCUAAUUUCUGCUGGAUACAGAAAUUAACUACAUUUGGUACAUUACUUAUGCAAGUGGCAUUUCAGUGUGACACUUAUCAUUACAGUUCUUUUGCAUCAUUUAUUUACCUCAGUUAAUAAUUACAGGUCUUUGUUCAUUUGUCUUUCUUUGCUUUACCCCCCCCCCCGAAUUUUAUUGUAACAUAAAUACCGUUUUCUGGAAACACACUUUUAUUUAACAUAUCUAAAUAGUCCACAGUUAUACAUUGUUGUUAGCUGAGCAUUAUUUUGCACGAAAGGUGUGAAGGAAGUUACUUUUUGUGUGUUUUUAUUUUUGAUUUUUGCUAUGGUCAUGGACAUAAACUUGUAACUCAGACUUGUUAUAUAUAUAUGCUGUUUGAGCAGAACAUUAUUUAUAUAUAUAUAUAUAAAAUAUGUGUAUAUGUAUGUAUGUGUUCUGCUCAAACUGCUCAAUAGGUGUCCAUGCACCACAGAAGAAUUUUAUCAUGUGCUUUUUCGUUUGAAUGUUUGCCGUGUGGGUCCUGAAAUUAUUCUGAAGUGCAGAGUUGACCUGCUUCACAAGAGUCUAAAUGGCUGAAGGUUUAUGAGUACAUUUGAAUGUGCACUAAUAGGGAGGGAUCUUUUAUUACUAAAAGUGCUGUACUGGUUUGGUUACUUCACUGUUCUCUUGAGUUAUUGGUAUACUCUUCAGAGCUGAUGAGGGGGAAAUUUACAGUGUCCUAUUUGCUGCUUCAUCCAGUUCUUUCAAAUACACUAAGAUGGUAGUGGAGUAGUUUGCACCACAUGACUGCUGUUUCCAGCAUUUGUUUGACAGUUACAGGUUACCUUCACUAUUCUCUCUUGUUUCAUCUCUUUAAUUUUUCAUGCCUAUUAAACUUAAUCUGCAUAACCUACGCAAUAUGCAUUCUACCUGUACUCUAGCCAGGCUCAUCCUGAAACAGUGAUAGUUGAUAUUUUUAAAGACUGUGUUAUUUGAAGAGCCUUUAAAAUGAACCUUAAAUAUUUGUUCAGCAUGUUUUAUCUUGGAGUAGAAUAAGACAGAACUGUUAUUUUGCGAACUUAACUGACAGCUUCUACUGAAUGCCAUUAAUUUCAUCACUUUUACAAGUUCUGAGGCAAUGUGUUAUAGUUUUGGCCACCGAAAUGCUGGCUAUAAAUACGAUAAAGGUAUUCAAGGAUGUUGUAGAGAGAGAUAUGGAGUGAAGUGUGCACAAAACACAAAAAUUUUUUUUACAUAAAUUUCAUAAGAUUAGAUUAGCUUUUUGUAUGCAGUAAGGAUGCCCUUUAAACUGAGCUCCAAGAUUUAUACUGGAUUUCCAAAAGUGGGUACAACUGGCAUGUUUGGCUUUGUUCCUAAACCUUUUUAAUGGAAUUGCUGUUAUUUCAAUUUGGUGGUUCUGUAUUUUGAAAAUGGCUGAAAUCUUGUAACCACAAAUAACCAGUGUUGUGAUUAGAGCGACAUGACAUUUAAAGAGAACAUGCCUUUACCUGUUAACAAAGCAAGUGCUAUACUACGAUGGUCGGAGGUUCUUGUGCUUUAUGCUUUUUAUGAUUUUAGAUCUUUACCUGCAUUGUUUUUUUCCCAAUUUUGCAGUGUAACACCUUACUUGUGUGUAUUUAGUUUCCACCAAGCAUUCAGCUUCCUUUAUUGUUAUUUCAAAAUUGUUCUGGUUUUGCUUGCAUUUUUUCAGACCUGAACUCCAGUGCCCUGAUUAAGGCAAGGUCUACCUAGUCAUGUGACGGGUGCCUGCAGACUCGUUUGUGUUAACUGAAUGAUGAGUGAAUAGUCAGCUAAUGUCCUGCCCCUAAGUCUAUUUGCAGUAGUUUUAUUUUACUGAUACAGACUUGUGGUGAUACUGACUAAUGCACAACAGACACAUCAGUCUUGCACAAUUCACACAGCAUAAUAUGCUGGCAACAAAGACACUACCAUAUGAACUAUUGCAAUAUUACAUUUCUGCCAGCUUAUGUUUUGGUAACUAUUUAUUAGGAAACCAUUUUUGUAUCUUGUGUGAUUGUAUGAAACCUGAUUUUCUGUGUACCAUGGAAAAUUGUCUGAAUGCUGUAAAGCAAAAGAAAAUCUUUUUUUAAUUGCAUUUCUGGCAAAGGUGGGAGUCUGACAUUGUACACUGUAUUUGUUAUAUUUAAGGUAUUAUAUAUUACACACUUUUUUUUGAAAAACCAUGAAUGUCUGGUGGUUUCAGGAGUAGAAGCAUUACCUAUAUUUUUACUCAGCUUGUGUAUAAUGUGUAUAUGUACUGUAUAUAAGCAGCACACAAAGUCCCCUGCCCAUUCCCUCUUCAUGUUAAUCACCUGCCUUUCCUGCCAAUUUAAUGUGGUGGUGCCUCCCCCCCCAUAUUGUCACUUUUAAAUAGGCUAAUAAAUUUUUAAACUUU